CCGUGCUCGGUUCGGUGUUGUCCCCUCGGGCUGGGAGCUGGCAGACGGUUGGAGGUGACCGGGUGGUCGUUUGAGGGGCCUUGUGGUGGCGUCGCCAUGCCGGGCAGCGCAGAUACCAGAGCUGCGCAUCAUGGACAGCGGAAGGGCAGGAGGCCACGGUCUAUGGAAAACAAAAAGACUAAACAAUUUGAGAAGAUGGAAACGACUCCCCUAGGAUUGAACAGUAACUACAAAGAGACAGCCAGCAACAUUUCUUCUGGCUCUCAGAAGAGUCCAGUGAAUGGAAGAGCAGAGUCCAGAAGCAAGCGGGCCAUUCGCCGGCCUGCUUACUGGCUGGAAAUGAGGGGCAUACAGAACGAUGUGAAAAAAUCAUCAGAUGAAAAAGCAGAAGUGAUUUUGAAAGGCAAGAGGAAAUCUGAGCACAGGGAAGGUGAAGAUCUUAAAGGCUCCCCCAAGAAGAAGCAGAAGAUUUCUGUUGUUAAAACAGGAAAAAAGCGGCAGUCUGGAACACAACAAAACUCCAAAACAAAAAGCCACAGUGUUCGGAAGGAACCAGAAACCUACAGCACAGGUAGUAUAGAAGAGCAGUGGUCUUUGGAAAUUCAGGACAAAGGUCGAGUUACUUGUCCUACAUGCCGGGCUGUGGUGAGAAAGACUGUAGAAGGACUGAAGAAACAUAUGGCAAACUGCAGACAGGAAACAUUCACAUGUCAUUAUUGUGGGAAACAGCUGAAGUCCCUGGGAGGAAUGAAAUACCAUGUCAUGGCAGACCACAGCAGUCAGACAGUUGUGAAGGAAGGAGGAGAACUGGAUGAGCAGCUUGAGCGAAGCCACCUUCGGAAGGUUUUGAAGCGUAUGGGAAAGCUGAAGUGUACAAGGGAGGGCUGCACAGGCAGCUUCACUAGCCUAAUGGGAUACCUGUAUCACAUUAAAAAAUGUGGGAAGACUGCUUCUGAGCUGGAGAAAAUAGCCAUGAAGUGCCAUCAUUGCGAUAAAGCAUACAGAUCAAAGGCAGGACUUGUGUACCAUCUCCGAGCUAAGCAUGGGCCGGUCACCUUCCUCCAUGAAGAAAGAAAAGAGAACCUGAAAGAUGCAAAAUGGGAGCAAAGUAGUACUGGUAGAGUUCAGAGGAGAUCUGCAAAGGUGGCAGUCUACUAUCUCCAUGAAUUAGCUGGAGAAGAACUGGCCAAAGAGUGGCCCAAGAGGAGAGUGCUGCAAGACUUGAUUCCAGAUGAUAGGAAGCUGAAAUAUACCCGCCCUGGACUGCCCACGUUUAGUCAAGAUGUGCUGUGCAAAUGGAAAACAGAAAUAAAGAUGUACCGAAAAGUCCACUGUCCAAAUGAGGGUUGUGAAUCUGUGUACGGCACGCUCUCAGGACUCAAAUCCCACCUCGGCACAUGUACAUUGGGAGAUUUUGUGGCUGGCAAAUACAAGUGUCUCCUGUGUGAGAAAGAAUUCAUUUCAGAGAGUGGAGUCAAGUAUCACAUCAACUCUGCACACGCUGAGGACUGGUUUGAUAUGAACACAAAUACCACCAAAAGCUUUGAGAAACUAAUGAAAAUCCGCCAAAGAGAGGAGCAGAGGAAGCAACGGAAGAAACAUCCUUUGACCCAGGGCAAAAAGAAGAGAACUGGGUCCUUGGCUACUAAGAAACUCCCCAGUGCUGGAGCUGAGAAAAAGAGAAGUAAGAGAGGCCGUCCAAAGCAAGUGGGCAAUGAAAAUGAGAGAAGUGAGGAAAUGAAACCUCAAGCUGCACGGAGAGACAAAUAUCCCAAAUCCAGCCACAAGCGAGGCCGGAAAUAAACCCUAACAGAAGGGAAAGGGUAAUCCGAAAUCUUUUCACUUACAAGCUCCAUUUCUAUCAGUCUCAUAACCCACAGGAUUCAAGAUGCUACAUAUCUACAGUUGCAGCGUUGGUAAUGCUGCAGCCUAGAACCCACAGAGCUGCCUUGCCCCAGUGCAAUGUGCUUUGUCAUACUCACAUGUCCAUAGUGUCCUUUGCUCUGCAAGUGAGUACUGUAGAUGCCUUCUUUGUUACAUUACAUAUUUAUUUUCAAUACUACUUCUGUUACAUGGAUGAGAUAUUUUAGCGGUGGCUUCCCUGGAUGGGAAAGAACAGAAGAAGGGGAUUCACUUUUUUUUUUUAUUAAGUCACGUGUUGGUAUUGAAUUCUAGGUCGUAGGGAGUAUCUUCUUAUGCUCCAGAAAAGCACCAGGUAUGAUAGAAA